ACACUCUAUCAACUAUGGAAUAUUCUAGAGAACCCUUUACUGGAAAUUUUCACUUUGGACCGUUCCUAUUAAAGAAAUCUGUCGAGGUCUUUUACGUUUCCAAACUGUCAUACGGUAUUGUCAAUUUGAAACCUAUAGUACCUGGUCACGUACUUGUUAUUCCCAAAAGAGUGGUCAAACGAUUUAAAGAGCUGGACCUUAACGAAGUUUACGAUCUAUGGCACUCUGCACAGCUUAUAGGCGGAAGAUUGGAACAAUAUUAUCAUGUCCAAGCUAUGACUUACUGCGUUCAGGAUGGAGAAGCAGCAGGACAGACUGUUCCACAUGUACAUGUUCAUGUUAUUCCUCGAAGAGCAGGUGACUUUGAACGUAAUGACCAAGUAUACGAAAUGUUGGAAGCAUCUUCAAGUUAUUUACAUGGAAGUAGAAAAUGGGAAAUAGAUACUGAAGAAAGAAGAGUAAGGACGGAAGAAGAAAUGGAAGAGGAGACAAAACUUCUCAGAACUCUAUUUAUGUGAGAAAGAACAUUGUGCAGAAAGAAUUCAUCUUUUGAUUUCCUUAAGAGGCAGAUAUAAUACUAUUUGUGUAGUAGUUGCUAUUUUCUAGAAGCGAAGUAGAUAUAACGACAAUUUUACUCAAUGGCUUGGAUUUUUCUUACAUUGAAUAGUUCUAUGUUUCCAAUACAUUGGAGCUCAAAGUAUUCCUUUCUUUUGAUUUGUUGAUUCUUUGUCACUUCAUUUAUUCUUACAGUGCCAAUACAAAACAAAGUACGAAAAAGGAAAAAGUAGAAUUCUUAAGACUGUUCA